UAUCUUCACCACACUCCUUUAUAUAAACCGAGAAACUAAAGAGUGCACCUCUCUCCCACAUAGAUGCUCAACAAAUGCCGCGGCGAACGGCGAUCGACGUCCGACAGCCGUCCGAUCAGACCAGCAACCGUCAGAAAUGGCGCGUGUCGCUGACAGAAGACGCGUUCGAGUCGUUCAUGGCUCGGUGCGGGGACGCCGGGCGAGAGGUGUUCGGAGAGGGCUCGCUGUUCAGCCCGAUGCUCUUCGGGAAGUUCUUCGAUCCGUCCGACGCCUUCCCGCUGUGGGAGUUCGAUUCCGACGAUUUGCUCUCCGCGCUCCGGUGCAGCUCCAAGACGAGUGUCGAUUGGGCCGAGUCGAGUUCCGAGUUCAUCCUGAGAGCUCAUGUACCAGGUGGGAGGAAAUGCGAGGUGGAGAUAUGUGGUGAAAAGCCUAAGGUAAUGGAGAUAAGUGGGCAGUGGGGGCCGGCGGUCCGCGAACCGGGCCCGAGGGAUUGGCGGUCCGGGCGGUGGUGGGAGCGCGGGUUCGUCCGGCGGAUCGAGCUGCCGGAAAAUGCAAAUUGGAGGAGGGCAGAGGCAUACAUCACUGAAGAUGAGGAAGAAAGCCUUCUCGAGAUCAAAAUUCCAAAGAAUAAUAAUAAUUUUGAUAGCAACACCCACCACACAAGUAGUGGUGGAGGUGGUGGUGGUGGUGGAGGAGGAGGAGAGGGGAAAGAAUAAGAAUAUUUUUGUGUGUGUGACGAUAUUAAUUCGAGCACUUAAUUUGAUAUAUAAAUAUAUUUGUAGAGAAGAAAUAUAUUUGAAAAAAGAAAAGAAAAGCAAACAUAUGUAAAGCAAGAUAAUUCAUAUUACUCUUAAUUAUUGCGUACCAUACACAGUAAUUUUUAUGCACUAAACUAUUUGGUUCUACUGUUCAUUCGAAAACAAACACAAUCUCCGUCGCUAAUUCGAUCGACCAUCAGAUCACCACGAGUGAGUGUGUAAAUAAUUUAAGUUUUGGAUUAAACAAUCAGAUUCAUGAUGUGCAAACUUUUCCUGCUGCCUCCAUAUUUGCAGAAGAUUUUGCACCCCUAUGGGGGGAAUAGUUGCAAAGUGUAAUUUUGGAAUGGUAUAAUCAAGAAAACGAGCUAUUUUACAGAAUAAAAUAUAAAUACGUAUUUUGGUGGAUCGUUUGGAUGAAAAAAAAUAAUAUGAUCUUCCAAGUGAAACUCUCCAACGCUAUCCGAUUAUUGGAAUAUGUCAAACUCCUUAUGGACACUUGGAAUGAGCUUUUUUGAUAUCUUUGUUAAACGUUUGCUUUUAUUUUUUUUACUCUUCUAUCGCUUUUCUAGUUUAUUUUUUUAUUUUUCCAACUUUUUCCUUUUAUAUUUUAUUUUUAUGAGGCUCUAACUGAUUUUAUCUUGUAUGUUUAGUUCAUUUUGACUAAUAAAAUAAAGUGAAUAGCUUGCACCUUUUUCUAAAGAAAAAAAUUAUAAAUAUGUAUUUUGUGGAGGGUAAACAUGCAAAAAAAAAUUCACACGCGGGAGUCGGCCGAGCCCAACCAACACUUAAACGCCACUCGCUCCUCGAGUCCUCGUCGAGCUCUCAAAUCCCUAAACCCCCAAAACUCUCUCUUUCUCUCUCUCACUCUCUCUCUCUCCCUCCUCCUCCUCGUCCGCCGCCGAAGAAGAGGAAGAAGACGAAGAAGCCGACGAAGAAGAAGAAGA